AUGAGUCUGCUGAUGUUUACACAACUACUGCUCUGUGGAUUUUUAUAUGUUCGGGUCGAUGGAUCUCGUCUUCGCCAGGAAGACUUUCCCCCGCGGAUUGUGGAGCAUCCUUCGGAUGUUAUCGUCUCUAAGGGAGAGCCCACCACUCUGAACUGUAAGGCAGAGGGCCGGCCGACGCCCACCAUUGAAUGGUACAAGGAUGGUGAGCGGGUGGAGACCGACAAGGACGACCCCCGGUCCCACAGGAUGCUUCUGCCCAGCGGAUCCUUAUUCUUCUUGCGUAUCGUGCACGGGCGCAGAAGUAAACCUGAUGAAGGAAGCUACGUUUGUGUCGCAAGGAACUAUCUCGGUGAAGCAGUGAGUCGAAAUGCAUCUCUGGAAGUGGCAUUGUUACGAGAUGACUUCCGGCAAAACCCCACAGAUGUUGUAGUGGCAGCUGGAGAGCCUGCAAUCUUGGAGUGCCAACCUCCCCGGGGACACCCAGAACCCACCAUCUACUGGAAAAAAGACAAAGUUCGAAUCGAUGACAAGGAAGAAAGAAUAAGUAUCCGUGGUGGAAAACUGAUGAUCUCCAAUACCAGGAAAAGCGAUGCAGGGAUGUACACCUGUGUUGGCACCAAUAUGGUGGGAGAAAGGGACAGUGAUCCAGCAGAGCUGACUGUCUUCGAACGACCCACAUUUCUCAGGAGGCCAAUUAACCAGGUGGUGCUGGAAGAAGAAGCUGUAGAAUUUCGCUGUCAGGUCCAGGGAGAUCCUCAACCCACUGUGAGGUGGAAAAAGGAUGAUGCAGAUUUGCCAAGAGGAAGGUAUGACAUCAAAGAUGAUUACACUCUGAGACUUAAAAAGGCCAUGAGUACAGAUGAAGGCACCUAUAUGUGUAUUGCUGAGAAUCGGGUUGGAAAAGUGGAAGCCUCUGCUACCCUCACAGUCCGAGCUCGCCCUGUUGCUCCUCCACAGUUUGUGGUUAGGCCAAGAGAUCAGAUUGUUGCUCAAGGUCGAACUGUGACAUUUCCCUGUGAAACGAAAGGAAACCCACAGCCAGCUGUUUUUUGGCAGAAGGAAGGCAGCCAGAAUCUACUUUUUCCAAACCAACCCCAGCAGCCUAACAGUAGAUGCUCAGUAACACCAACAGGAGACCUCACCAUUACCAACAUUCAGCGUUCGGAUGCGGGUUACUACAUCUGCCAGGCCUUAACUGUGGCAGGAAGCAUUUUAGCAAAAGCUCAACUGGAGGUUACUGAUGUUUUGACAGAUAGACCUCCACCCAUAAUUCUACAAGGCCCAGCCAACCAAACGCUAGCCGUAGAUGGUACAGCAUUACUGAAAUGUAAAGCCACCGGUGAUCCUCUUCCUGUAAUUAGCUGGUUAAAGGAGGGAUUUACUUUUCUGGGUAGAGACCCACGAGCAACUAUACAAGAGCAGGGAACACUUCAGAUUAAGAAUUUACGGAUUUCUGAUACUGGCACUUAUACUUGUGUGGCUACAAGUUCAAGUGGGGAGACUUCCUGGAGUGCAGUUCUGGAUGUGGCAGAAUCUGGAGCAACAAUCAGUAAAAAUUAUGAUUUAAAUGACCUGCCAGGGCCACCAUCCAAACCACAGGUCACUGAUGUUACUAAAAACAGUGUCACCUUGUCCUGGCAACCAGGUACCCCUGGAACCCUUCCAGCGAGUGCAUAUAUCAUUGAGGCUUUCAGCCAAUCAGUGAGCAAUAGCUGGCAGACGGUGGCGAACCAUGUAAAGACCACCCUCUAUACUGUGAGAGGACUGCGGCCCAAUACAAUCUACUUAUUCAUGGUCAGAGCAAUCAACCCCCAAGGUCUCAGUGACCCAAGCCCUAUGUCAGAUCCUGUGCGCACACAAGAUAUCAGCCCACCAGCACAAGGAGUGGACCACAGACAAGUACAGAAGGAACUAGGAGAUGUCAUUGUUCGUCUUCAUACUCCAGUCGCAUUGACUCCCACCACUGUCCAGGUCACAUGGACGGUUGACCGCCAGCCCCAGUUUAUUCAAGGAUACCGAGUGAUGUAUCGUCAGACAUCAGGCUUACCGGCAACAUCUUCAUGGCAGAAUUUAGAUGCUAAAGUCCCGAAUGAGCGAAGUGCUGUCUUAGUCAAUCUGAAAAAGGGGGUGACUUAUGAAAUUAAAGUUCGACCAUACUUUAAUGAGUUCCAAGGAAUGGAUAGUGAAUCUAAAACAGUUCGUACUACUGAAGAAGCCCCAAGUGCCCCUCCACAGUCUGUCACUGUGAUGAUGGUCGGAAGCCACAAUAGCACAAGUAUUAGUGUUUCCUGGGAUCCACCUCCUCCAGAUCACCAGAAUGGAAUUAUCCAAGAAUAUAAGAUCUGGUGUCUGGGAAAUGAAACACGAUUCCAUAUCAACAAAACGGUGGAUGCAGCCAUUCGGUCUGUAAUAAUUGGUGGAUUAUUCCCAGGUAUUCAGUACCGGAUAGAGGUUGCAGCUAGUACCAGUGCAGGGGUUGGAGUAAAAAGCGAGCCACAGCCAAUAAUAAUCGGGGGCCGUAAUGAAGUUGUCAUUACUGAAAACAAUAACAGCAUAACUGAGCAAAUCACUGAUGUUGUGAAGCAACCAGCCUUUAUAGCUGGCAUUGGUGGUGCCUGCUGGGUAAUUUUGAUGGGUUUUAGCAUCUGGUUGUAUUGGCGAAGAAAGAAGAGAAAGGGACUCAGUAAUUAUGCUGUUACAUUUCAAAGAGGGGAUGGAGGACUAAUGAGCAAUGGAAGCCGUCCAGGUCUUCUAAAUGCUGGUGAUCCCAAUUACCCAUGGCUUGCUGAUUCAUGGCCAGCCACGAGCUUGCCAGUAAACAAUAGCAAUAGUGGCCCAAAUGAAAUUGGGAAUUUUGGGCGUGGAGAUGUGCUGCCACCGGUUCCAGGCCAAGGAGAUAAAACAGCAACGAUGCUCUCAGAUGGAGCCAUUUAUAGCAGCAUUGACUUCACUACCAAAACCACUUACAAUAGUUCCAGCCAAAUAACACAGGCUACCCCAUAUGCCACGACACAAAUAUUGCAUUCCAAUAGCAUACAUGAAUUGGCUGUCGAUCUGCCUGAUACUCAAUGGAAAAGUUCAAUUCAACAAAAAACAGAUCUGAUGGGAUUUGGUUAUUCUCUGCCUGAUCAGAACAAAGGUAACAAUGGUGGGAAAGGUGGAAAAAAGAAGAAAAAUAAAAACUCUUCUAAACCGCAGAAAAAUAAUGGAUCGACCUGGGCCAGUGUCCCUCUACCUCCCCCCCCAGUCCAGCCCCUUCCUGGUACAGAGCUGGAACACUAUGCAGUCGAACAGCAAGAAAAUGGCUAUGACAGUGAUAGCUGGUGCCCACCGUUACCAGUACAAACAUACCUACACCAGGGCAUGGAAGAUGAACUGGAAGAAGAUGAUGAUCGGGUCCCAACACCCCCUGUCCGAGGUGUGGCUUCCUCUCCUGCUAUCUCCUUUGGACAGCAGUCCACUGCAACUCUUACUCCAUCCCCACGGGAAGAGAUGCAACCCAUGCUGCAGGCUCACCUGGACGAGUUGACAAGAGCUUAUCAGUUUGACAUAGCAAAGCAAACAUGGCACAUUCAAAGCAAUAAUCCACCUCCACAGCCCCCGGUUCCACCAUUAGGUUACGUGUCUGGAGCCUUGAUUUCUGAUUUGGAAACAGAUGUUCCAGAUGAUGAUGCUGAUGAUGAAGAGGAAGCUUUAGAAAUCCCUAGGCCCCUGAGAGCACUAGACCAGACACCCGGAUCCAGUAUGGACAAUCUAGACAGCUCUGUGACAGGAAAAGCCUUUACCUCCUCUCAAAGACCUCGGCCCACCAGCCCAUUUUCUACUGACAGUAAUACCGGUGCAGCCCUGAGUCAAAGUCAGAGGCCUAGGCCCAGUAAAAAACACAAGGGAGGGCGAAUGGACCAGCAACCAGUGUUGCCUCAUCGAAGGGAAGGAAUAACAGAUGAUCUUCCACCACCACCAGAUCCCCCACCAGGUCAGGGUUUAAGGCAGCAAAUAGGCCUGAGCCAGCAUGCUGGUAACGUGGAAAACUCAACAGAGAGAAAAGGAAGCUCUCUAGAGAGACAACACGAAUCCAACUUAGAAGACUCAAAGAGCUCAUUGGAUUGUCCAGCUAGAACCUCCCUAGAGUGGCAGCGACAAACCCAGGAAUGGAUAAGCUCCACAGAACGCCAAGAAGAUACACGGAAAGCCCCACACAAACAAGGUGCUGGAUCAGAGGAGACCUUGGUGCCCUAUAGCAAGCCCAGUUUCCCAUCUCCAGGUGGCCACAGCUCAUCAGGAACAGCUUCUUCUAAAGGAUCAACUGGACCCAGGAAGGCCGAGGUGUUGAGGGGGGGGCACCAGCGCAAUGCCAGUGACCUUCUUGACAUAGGAUAUAUGGGCUCCAGUAGUCAAGGACAGUUUACAGGUGAAUUAUAUGAACUUAACCUUAUUAGUCUGGUAUGCCUGAGUUCUCAAGCCCGGACCAAUGAAUUUCAGCCAGGAAUCAGUGAAAUGCAUUUUUACCAGCUUUGGUCAGAUUCUCAUCCCUGGACCAAUUAUGGGGCUUAA